AGUUGGUUCCGAAAUGCACCCAUGGUCAGAUGCAUGCUAUCCUUGUCUGAUCCAUUGAAAAGUGGGUGGCCACCUGGCGCCAUUAGUUCGUGAAUUGGUCGAAAAACUUUUAAUGCUCCACGAUCUGGCGGGAAAGCGGCGCGGUCGGCACAGUCAACCAGCUCUGCUCUCUGCUCUGACGCUCUAACCAAAACAAGUGAUUACCUGCGACAGGAUCAGACGUGUUUACACUUCCUGCGUAGUAAAAUCUACGAGUAAAAUAAAAAAAGAAAAACCACGCUAACACUUCAUAAUUCAGUAUCUUUAUUGAUUGAAGACAGAAACAAUCGAGAUGACACUUCCAGGUCUCACAAAAGGUGCCUUGCUGAAAAUUUACCAGGGACAAGAUAUCGACAAGCCCAUUUGCCAAGUGCUGGGCCUUAAGAAGCUGGGGAAUGGGGAUCGCUAUAGAGUUUUGAUUUCUGAUAGCCUGUACAUCAGCUCGUUCACCAUGUUGGCGACUCAACUGAAUCACAUUAUCGAUGAGGGUACCCUUGCUGAUUUUUCCAUCAUUGAGAUUGGACGUUAUGUUCUCAGUCAGGCGAACAAUGGGGGAAAGCCCAGACGCAUAAUGAUUAUUCUUGAAGUCACCCAGAAAGCAGCAGGGGCUGAUGUUGGUGGAAAGAUUGGGAAUCCUGUUCCUGUGGAGAAACACAUUUCCUCUGACAAUGGGGUUGAGGAGUCUCCCGAUGCAGCUGCUCCAGGUUCUGCUGUGAAGAGACCCGCUGCUGCUCCAGUCUCCAGAGUGCCAGAGAAGAGAGCUCUGAACAAUACAAUCAAUUCUGGAACUCACAUUUCAACUACACCCAUCGGUGCAUUAAGUCCAUAUCAAAACAGGUGGGUCAUAAAGGCUAGAGUUAGCAGCAAGUCUGCCAUCAGAACCUGGAGCAAUUCUCGUGGUGAGGGAAAACUCUUCAACAUGGAUCUCCUUGACGAGAGUGGAGAGAUCAGAUGCACAGCAUUUAGAGAGGCUGUUGACAAGUUCUAUGACAUUAUUGAGGUUGGAAAAGUCUACUACAUUUCUCGUUGUCAACUGAAACCAGCUAACAAAGCCUUUAACAAUCUCCACAACGACUACGAGAUGAGCAUGACGAACGACACUGAGAUCAUCCCCUGUGACGACACUGCAGAUGACAUUCCAAUGAUCAAUUUUGAUUUCAAAGGAAUCGAGGACAUCGAGAAGUAUGAGAAAGGCGAAAUAGUUGAUAUUCUGGGAGUCGUCAAGCAAGUCGACGAAGUGCAAAGCCUCACAAAGCGCUCCGAUGGUACAGAACUGCGUAAAAGGGAUGUUCAUAUGAUAGACAUGAGCAAUAUGAUGAUUACUCUUACUCUUUGGGGCACUCAAGCUGAAAGCUUCGAUGGAUCAAACCACCCAGUGAUUGCAGUAAAAGGGGCUAGACUUGGAGAGUUCAAUGGUGGGAAAUCCCUGUCAACUUUAUCAUCAUCUGUCAUUCAAGUCGAUCCAGAUCUCCCUGAAGCCCACAGACUUCGUGGAUGGUGGACAACUACUGGCCACAGUGCGGAGGCAAAAUCAAUCUCGAGGGGUAUUGGUGGUGGUUCCAUGGCUGGAUCAUGGAUGAACAUCGGAGCUGCAUUUGCCGCAGGAACCGCACUCACCAUGAGCAACACUGAAACUUAUCUCUGCAAGGCUGCUGUCACUUUUAUUCGUUCAGAGAAUGCUAUUUACAAAGCUUGUCCCACAGAUACAUGUAACAAAAAGGUUGUUGAUCACGAGGGAUGCUUCAGGUGUGAGAAAUGUAACAGAGAUUUUCCAAACUUCAAAUAUCGUUUAUUGGCACAGAUAAACAUUUCAGAUCACACAGGCAGCAUCUGGGCCACAGCAUUCAGCGGUGAAGCUGAAAAAAUGCUCGGUAUGACAGCUCAGGAGCUCGGAGAACUAGCUGACCAAGAUCGUGACACCUACCUCACCAAAUGUGCCUCCAUUUCAUUCAGCUCCUACAUCUUCAAGAUCAGGAUGAAACUGGACAACUACUUGGAUGAUGUGAGGCUAAGGAGCGUUAUCGCAUCCCUCGCUCCAGUCGAUUAUACAGAAUACAACUCCCAACUGCUGAAGCAACUGAAGGCAGAUUGCAACAUUGCUCGUAUUUCUUCAGAGUAAAUCAACAAAUUAUUCACAAAAUCAUUCAAAAAACCAUUGCAUCUAUUACUAAGAUCUUUACCUGCAACUUAUAUUUUUUCAUGUUUGUUUUCGGAUACUUUUUCGUUUUCGUAUUCUUUAAUGGAGAGAAGUUCAAUUCACUAGAGGAGUCAUAAAACACAAUAGAAAAGCUGUUUAUUAUUUCAUCUCUGUAGAGUUGAAUUAUUUUGGUAACCGGUGGUUUUAGAGAAAAUGUAGGAGACCUUUUUUCGUAGAGAAUUCAAUUUCCCAUUGGAAAAGGUUUCUUUAAAUAGAAAUUUUCUCUAAAUCCACUCAAGUAUGAGAUGAUUUCAAGUGGAAAAAAAAUCAAAUACAUUUCAUUUUUUACCUUUUCCCACUCUAUUCUUGAAUAAUGUUUAUAUGAUAUGCUUACUCUGAUUUUUGUGUUUUGUAUCGUUAAAUUAUCAUCAAAUAAAUUGAUACGUCAUUGAGCAAGAAUGACAAAUACUCA